AUUAAAAUCAUGUUUGAUAUAAAUUUCAAAUGGUCGAUGUUUUUCUCUUUUAAAUACUUGUAAAAAAGACAAAAUGGCUACUGUUUAUCAAGAAACUCGUUUUAUGAUUAAAAAAACAAAAGGUUGUAUCCUGGCAUGGAAAAUCCAAUCAUGCAACCUAUGCCACAAAGCAACAAACAGUAUCAUCAACAAACAUUAACUGCGCCUACUUCGACACCUAUCAAUAAACGUUUCGAUGUUGCUUUGCUGGGUAGUAAGCCUAUGUUAGAGGAUUCAAAUGCGCCUAUGGUGCCUCAUGUACCCUUAAAUAUCUCUGUGACACCAUCAAGUCAAGCGCAAUGCCCUUCUGAUCUGCAACGAUGUACCUUGACUACUGUACCUUACUCGAGUCACUUGUUGAGAAAAUCAAAAUUGCCUUUGUCGUUAUUGAUUGAACCUUACCCAAGAACUCCACCUACACAAAUACCAUUGAUUGACCAUGGUCUGAUCAACAGAUGCAUGCGUUGUAAAUCGUUUAUCAAUCCAUUUGCUCAGUUUAUUGAAGGAGGUCUUAAAUGGCAGUGUAACAUCUGUGGGUUAGAUGACAAUGAUGUUCCACCUGCUUAUGAUUGGAACCAUAUCACACAACAAAAAGCAGAUCGAUGGAAUCGACCUGAACUAAACUAUGGCUGUGUGGAUUAUGUGGCUAGUCCGGAAUUUAUGUCAAGACCACCACAACCACCUGUGUAUGUAUUUGUGAUUGAUACGAGUGCUAUUGCUGUUCAGACAGGCAUGAUUGAGGUACUGGCUGAAGCCUUGUUGGCAGCUAUUGACGAUAUUCCCAACAAAGAUGGAAGAACACGUAUUGGAUUUAUGACAACAGGCCAUGCCAUUGGAUUCUAUAGCCUUGCUAAUAAGGAGCCAGAGUUAUUGAUGAUGCCUGAUAUUGAAGACAUUUAUUUACCUCGAGUGCAUUCAGAACUGGUUGUGAAUUUAAUGGAAUCAAAGCCGAAUGUAUUAAAUCUAUUAAAACGAUUGAAAGAUGUGUUUACCAACAAUGUAUACACAGACAACAAAAACUGUCUUGGGCCUGCUUUAUUGGCUGCUCGUGAAUUAUUGUCCUCUACAGGAGGAAAGAUUGUUUGUUUUCAAGCUGUUUCUCCUAAUUAUGGUGUGGGUGCACUAUUGCCUUCAAAAAUACACAAACAAAACUCGAAAACAACAGGAAAUAACGUUUUGUUAGAACCCGCUAGUGAAUUUUACAAAACAUUUUCAGAGGAAUGUGUGAAAUCACAUGUAUGCGCAGACAUGUUUGUCUUUGGUAGUCAAGAUAUUGAUGUGGCCACACUAAACGUCUUACCGAGAUAUACAGGUGGUCAAAUGCAUUAUUAUCCUGGCUUUAAUGCCAAAAACCAAGGAGACAAGGAAAAACUCAAGUUGGAAAUUGAGAAAUUAAUUAAGGAGGAGGUUGGAUUGGAAGCCAUUGUUCGAACUCGAUGUUCAUCCGGUAUAGUGUGUAAAGCGUAUCAUGGCAACUUUUCAUUUCAAGAGCCUGAUAUUCUUGUAUUACCUAAUAUUCCCAGGGACCUGAGUUAUUGCAUUGACUUAGCUAUUGAAAAAGAGAUUCAGACUGAAUUUGUAUCUAUUCAGACAUGCAUGCUGUUUACGACAAGUGCUGGUGAAAGAAUCAUCCGUGUAAUGACAACGUGUCUUCCUGUGACAAAGAAAGUGACAGAAGUGUUUUAUGGGAUAGAUCAAAUGAGUUUAGUAAGAGCGAUCAAUUAUCAAGCUAUUGAUACAGCAACCAAAUACAAAAUCAAGGACGCAAAAGAGCAAUUGAUACGACAUAUAGUCGAUAUCUGCAAAAGCUAUAGUAAAGAAGUGAUUGGUAUAGUGCCUUCGAAAAGCACGCAACUCAAUUUAUGCCGGUCUUUAAGUCUUUUACCUGCCAUGGUACUUGCCAUCAUAAAAAGUGAAGCAUUCAGUGAUACGGGUGUAGUACCAGUCAAUAUGUCUAGUCAAUCAGCUAUUCUAUUAAAGACAUUACCUUCAAGUCUUUGGUCGAGAUAUGUCUAUCCAUCUAUCUAUUCUCUUCACAACAUGCCAGUUCAAGCAGGCACUUUGGAUUCAAACAACAAGUGCAUUUUGCCUCCUCGUUUAAAUCUGUCAAGUGAAAGAAUGGAACGCCAUGGUUGCUAUCUUGUAGAAAAUGGACAACGUAUCUUGAUAUGGAUGGGCAGAGAAGCCGUUCCUCAACUAUGUAUGGAUCUAUUAAAUGCACCUAACAUAACACAUGUUACAUCAGGACAGCUGCCUUCGUUGCUUUCUCAAAAGAAUCCGUUUUCUAAACGAGUGUGUCGAAUCAUUGACAGUCUUCGUACAGAUCAAAGACAUAGUAACUUUUAUCCUUCACUUUACCUUGUUAAAGAAGAUGGAGAUCCAUUAUUGCGAGAUUUGUUUUUAAUGCACUUGCUUGAGGAUAGACAUCAACUUAUGUCCAAUACGAUCAGUAUUCGAAUUCAAAAUUCUCAUCCAUAUUCGGCUAUGAGCUACUUCCAAUGGCUUCAUUUUAUCAAGGAACAAAUGUAA